GGCGCAACGAUCGAUGCAGUUGUCAGAGUUCUGCUGCUGCUGGUGCUCCGUGCGACAGGCAGGGCUUGCUUGCUUUGAACGCAAGGUUUGCAGUCCGCGAUGCUGCUGUGACGGCCUCGAUGAAAGUACGCUGAAUCAAUCUGCUCUCACUGCCAGUUUUUCGGAUGGGAAACACGAAUAGGACUGGUGUGUAACCCCUGCUGGAGAGGCAAGCAGCACAAACACUCGGGAGGGCUGAAGACGAAGAGUGAGACAGAGAGAGAGAGAGAGAGCAACUCGGAUACCAAGGCAAGCAGCACCUCAUAUCUAGAUUCAUAAGUCGCAUUCGCAAGCACCAACCGCCGUCCUAAAUUGUCCAGAACAGUGCAUCGCUUACUUACGUACUCACUAGUUUAACGAUAAUCGCCAUUGCCAACGCCGCCGCCGCCACCGCAGUCGACGCUUGCAAGUCAGUUUUUUAAUCUUUUUCUAUUCCUGCAUAAACUCUCACACGACUAAAACGGAGGACGCAAAUUCACUACUCGUUCACUCACGCAAUCAAGCAAGCCAGUGCUGGAUUCUUUUCCUGUCCAAUUAUUUAAAGCAAGCAGAAAAUAGUGACGCUUUUAUGGAAUAGUCUCUGUAUUCGCCACUUGAUCGUUUUGCCAUCUCGAACUAGCCGUAAUAUCAUCAGCUACUGCAUAAUUUAGGGCUGCUCUGAAAGGAUUACUAUGUGUUAUAGGCGAAAAUGGAACAUUGACUCCGAGUAACAGCAUGACGUCAUCGAAUACGCCGUUUUCGUGAGCCAAGCUGGACUGCACGCGUGAAACAUCCCUCAUUAGGAGGGUGGUGUCAAGGUAGCGAUAGGUCAGAGAGGAUGAUGCGCUACGCUAUCGCCUCAGGCUGCUGCGAGGCCCCCGCCCGGAGGAGCGCUGCCCCACUUGCUGCUGAGAGAAUCACAGCUGCAAGUUCCACCCCCUUGGAGACCUGUCGCCGCCGAAGUACUGCUUGAGCGAACCAGCCGGCAUCCCGAAGCUAGCUGCUAGCCCAUUACCUUCUCAGCCCAUUGUCUGUACCCCCAGACAAUGUCUGAAGACUCGGAAAGCGUCUCUGAGGAAGAACGCAGCUUGUUCCGUCCUUUCACGCGAGAAUCUCUUGCAGCUAUCGAGGCGCGCAUUGCCGAGGAAUAUGCCAAGCAGAAGGAGCUUGAAAAGAAGAGAGCGGAAGGAGAGGAUUUUGGGCGGAAGAAAAAGAAAAAAGAAGUUCGGUAUGAGGACGAGGACGAAGAUGAAGGCCCCCAACCGGACCCUACCUUGGAGCAGGGCGCACCAAUCCCAGUGCGCCUGCAGGGCAGUUUCCCUCCAGAGCUUUCAUCCACCCCUCUAGAAGAUAUUGAUAGUUUUUACCAUAACCAAAGAACAUUUGUGGUGAUAAGCAAAGGAAAAGACAUCUUCCGCUUCAACGCAACUGACGCCAUGUGGCUGUUGGACCCAUUUAACCCCAUACGUCGUGUGGCUAUUUGUAUCUUGGUUCACCCUUUGUUCUCGCUGUUCAUCAUCACUACCAUCCUGACCAACUGCAUCCUCAUGAUCAUGCCCACAACGCCCACCGUCGAGUCCACAGAAGUAAUAUUUACUGGCAUCUACACAUUUGAAUCUGCAGUCAAAGUGAUGGCUCGCGGGUUCAUAUUGCAGCCGUUUACCUACCUUAGAGAUGCAUGGAACUGGUUGGACUUCGUAGUUAUAGCUUUAGCCUAUGUAACUAUGGGAAUAGAUUUGGGCAACCUUGCUGCCUUGAGAACAUUCAGGGUUCUUCGGGCGUUGAAGACUGUGGCCAUUGUGCCAGGCUUGAAGACGAUCGUGGGUGCCGUGAUAGAGUCUGUCAAGAACCUGCGGGACGUAAUCAUCCUCACCCUGUUUUCACUUUCUGUAUUUGCCUUACUUGGACUCCAAAUUUAUAUGGGCGUCCUAACCCAAAAAUGCAUAAGAAACUUCCCACUCGACGGGUCAUGGGGGAACCUAACCCACGAAUCUUGGCACGAGUUCAUGAGCAAUGAUACCAACUGGUUUUUUGAAGAUCCUCAAAACAUACCACUCUGUGGAAAUUCGUCCGGUGCAGGAAUGUGUCCGCCCGACUACACGUGUCUACAAGGCUUCGGGCCGAAUCCCAACUACGGCUACACGAGCUUUGACACGUUCGGAUGGGCCUUCCUAUCAGCGUUCCGUCUCAUGACCCAGGAUUAUUGGGAAAAUCUUUACCAAUUGGUUCUGCGUUCUGCGGGGCCAUGGCAUAUGCUUUUCUUCAUCGUUAUUAUCUUUUUGGGUUCGUUUUACCUCGUGAACUUGAUUUUGGCCAUCGUCGCGAUGUCGUAUGACGAGUUGCAGAAAAAGGCUGAAGAGGAAGAGGCGGCCGAAGAAGAGGCAAUGAGGGAAGCGGAAGAAGCUGCGAUGGCGAAGCAAAAGAAAAUCGAUGACGCUGCCGCGGCGGCCGCUGCGGCGGCCGCGGCCGCCGCAAAUGAAGGAGUCGUCAAGUCACCAUCAGAUUUCUCCUGUCACAGCUACGAACUGUUUGUUGGACAGGAGAAAGGUAACGAUGACAAUAACAAGGAGAAAAUGAGCAUCAAAUCGGAGGGAGGAGACUCGAUAAGUGAGCACCGUGGCCGCGCCAAUGGCAAGGUUCGCAAGGUUUCGAGUCAGAUGCGCGAUAAUUACCCGGCUAAAAGUCAGUAUACUAGCGCUUACCAGGAGAGCUUAAUGAAGGCGAGUCUCAGCCUUCCCGGUUCUCCGUUUAACAUCAGAAGAGGCUCUAGAGGAAGUCAUCAGUUUACAUUAAGAAAUGGUAGACGUUUCGGUGAUAAAAAGCCAUUAGUGUUAUCAACGUACUUAGAUGCACAAGAACAUUUGCCGUAUGCUGAUGAUUCGAAUGCGGUUACCCCUAUGUCUGAGGAGAACGGAGCCAUUAUCGUACCCGUCUAUACCACAUUAGGCUCGAGGCAUUCGUCCUACACAUCGCACGCCUCGAGAUUAUCCUACACCUCCCACGGUGACCUCCUCUGCGGGAAAGGGAUGACCAAGGAGUCACGCUUAAGAUGUAGAUCCAGAAACCCCUGUUCAUACGUGCCUGAAGUAAUAAUGGACAGCAACAACAAAUAUGCCCGUGACUUUGAGUCGCUGGGUGCAGAGAGCGAAGAUGGGGCGGCCAAAGGCAAGCACCAAGAGAACCCAUUUAUCGAACCUGCACAACAUCAAACUGUAGUAGACAUGAAAGAUGUAAUGGUGUUAAACGAUAUUAUCGAGCAGGCGGCAGGCCGCCAGAGCCGAGCCAGUGACCAUGGAGUGUCCAUAUAUUAUUUCCCAACAGACGACGACGACGAAGGUCCCAAGUUCAAGGAGAAAGCGAUGGCGUUCUGCAUGAAGUGCAUCGACAUCUUUUGCGUCUGGGACUGCUGCUGGCCAUGGCUCAAGUUCCAGGAAUUCGUCUCAUUCAUCGUGUUUGAUCCGUUCGUCGAGCUCUUCAUCACCCUCUGCAUCGUGGUGAACACCCUGUUCAUGGCCCUCGACCACCACGACAUGGACAAAGGCAUGGAGAAGGCGCUCAAGAGCGGCAACUACUUUUUUACGGCAACUUUCGCGAUCGAAGCAACUAUGAAGUUGAUAGCCAUGAGUCCAAAAUAUUAUUUUCAAGAAGGCUGGAACAUAUUUGAUUUUAUAAUCGUAGCAUUAUCAUUGUUAGAGUUAGGUCUAGAGGGAGUACAAGGUCUCUCUGUGUUAAGGUCUUUCAGAUUGUUGCGAGUGUUCAAAUUGGCUAAGUCGUGGCCCACUCUCAACUUGCUCAUAUCUAUCAUGGGUCGAACAGUAGGUGCCCUGGGUAACUUAACAUUUGUAUUGUGCAUUAUCAUCUUCAUCUUUGCCGUCAUGGGGAUGCAACUUUUUGGCAAGAAUUACGUUGACAACGUGAGCAGAUUUCCUGACGGAGAUCUGCCAAGGUGGAAUUUCACCGAUUUCAUGCACUCCUUCAUGAUCGUUUUUCGCGUGCUCUGCGGAGAAUGGAUCGAAUCUAUGUGGGACUGCAUGCACGUUGGAGACUGGUCGUGCAUUCCAUUUUUCCUUGCCACUGUCGUCAUCGGCAAUUUGGUUGUACUGAACCUUUUCUUGGCCUUGCUCUUGUCCAACUUCGGCUCGUCUAAUCUGUCCGCGCCAACUGCCGACAACGAGACAAACAAGAUUGCAGAAGCCUUCAACCGAAUCGGAAGAUUCAAAGCUUGGGUCAAAAGAUCAGUAGUUAAUGUGGCCAAAGCCCUGAGAGCCAAAUUAACAAACCAGAUAUCCGAUCAGACGCCAGGUGAGGGCCCCUCUUCGAGUUGGAAAGAAGAUGCCCACAUAGGCGACACAGACAACGACCUCAAUGCCGACGAUAUUCUCGCCGAUGGCAUUGGAUACAAAGACAAGAAGAGUCCCAAGGACCAGACACAACUCGAGGUGGCCAUCGGAGAUGGAAUGGAGUUUACCAUUCACGGUGAGCUAGGUGAUCUCAAGAACAAAAUCAAAAAGGGCAGGAUGAUGAAUAACAUCAAGGCCGGUACCGGCAAUUCGAUAAAGGAAAAUCACGACAACAGAUUUGACAAUUCUGUGAUUCAUAGAGACGAUGAUGCCUUAAGUACUAAAUCAUACGGGAGCCAUAAAAACCAUCCAUACAGAAACGAUAGCCAUAAGGGAAGUGUGGAAACAAUUGAUGAUGAAGACACUGAUGGUGAGGAAAAGCAGGAUGCGAGCAAGGAAGACCUCGACCAAGACGAACUGGGAGAGGACUGUGAAGAAGAAGGAGAGGAGGAGCAGCAAAUUGUGAUUGACGCAGGCACAGACGAUGUUCUUUUGCAAGAAUAUCCGUCCGACUGCUUUCCUGAGAUCUGGUACAAGCGGUUUCCAUUCCUGGCAGGCGACGACGACUCGCCCUUCUGGCAAGGGUGGUCUCACCUUCGCCUGAAGACCUUCCAGUUGAUCGAGAACAAAUACUUUGAGACUGCCGUCAUCACAAUGAUUCUCCUCAGCAGUCUGGCACUGGCUCUGGAGGACGUCCACCUACAACACAGACCAAUCCUGCAAGAUAUUUUGUACUACAUGGACAGAAUUUUCACAGUGAUCUUUUUCAUCGAGAUGUUGAUCAAAUUCCUUGCCCUUGGUUUCGCGAAAUACUUUACCAACGCAUGGUGCUGGCUGGAUUUCGUGAUUGUGAUGGUGUCCCUAAUUAACUUCGUAGCGUCACUGGUUGGUGCGGGAGGCAUUCAAGCCUUCAAAACCAUGAGGACCCUGCGAGCGCUGAGACCUCUCAGAGCCAUGUCUCGUAUGCAGGGAAUGAGGGUUGUGGUGAACGCUUUGGUACAAGCCAUCCCGUCCAUUUUCAACGUGCUGCUCGUGUGUCUCAUCUUCUGGCUCAUUUUCGCCAUCAUGGGCGUGCAGCUGUUCGCCGGAAAAUAUUUCAAGUGCGUCGACGCCAACAAGACCACCAUCAGCCACGAAAUCAUUCCCGACAGAAACGCGUGCAUUGCUGAAAACUACACCUGGGAAAACUCGCCCAUGAAUUUCGACCACGUCGGCAAAGCGUAUUUGUCGCUUUUCCAAGUCGCCACCUUCAAGGGCUGGAUUCAAAUCAUGAACGACGCGAUUGACUCGCGAGAGGUGGACAAGCAACCAAUUCGAGAGACAAACAUCUACAUGUACUUGUACUUCGUGUUUUUCAUCAUCUUCGGCUCCUUCUUCACUCUGAAUCUGUUCAUUGGUGUCAUCAUCGACAACUUCAAUGAGCAGAAAAAGAAGGCAGGGGGAUCGCUUGAGAUGUUCAUGACAGACGACCAGAAAAAGUACUACAACGCCAUGAAAAAGAUGGGCUCAAAGAAGCCGCUGAAGGCGACGCCGCGACCACGGUGGAGGCCGCAAGCGAUCGUCUUCGAAAUCGUCACAAACAAGAAGUUCGACAUGAUUAUCAUGUUGUUCAUUGGCUUCAACAUGUUGACCAUGACUAUGGAUCACUACCAGCAAUCGCAUAGCUUCACUCUGAUGCUGGAUGUCCUGAACUCGAUAUUCAUUGUGAUAUUCUCGUCGGAAUGCCUGAUGAAAAUUUUUGCUCUGCGCUACCACUACUUCAAAGAGCCGUGGAACCUGUUCGACUUUGUAGUUGUGAUUCUCUCAAUCUUAGGCUUGGUGCUGAGCGACCUGAUCGAGAAGUACUUUGUGUCGCCCACCUUGCUGCGAGUGGUGAGAGUCGCCAAAGUGGGCCGAGUGCUGCGCUUAGUGAAGGGUGCAAAGGGCAUUAGGACGUUGCUCUUCGCUCUGGCCAUGUCGCUGCCGGCGCUGUUCAACAUCUGCCUGCUGCUCUUCCUGGUCAUGUUCAUCUUCGCCAUCUUCGGCAUGUCCUUCUUCAUGCACGUCAAGGACAAGAGUGGUCUGGACGACGUGUACAACUUCAAGACGUUCGGCCAGUCGAUGAUCCUGCUCUUCCAGAUGUCCACCUCGGCCGGCUGGGACGGCGUGCUGGACGGCAUCAUUAACGAGGAGGAUUGCGAGCUGCCGGACCCGGAGAUCGGCAACCCGGGCAACUGCGGCAGCAGCACGGUCGGAAUCACGUUCCUGCUGUCCUACCUGGUGAUCAGCUUCUUGAUCGUGAUAAACAUGUACAUCGCCGUCAUCUUGGAGAACUACUCGCAGGCGACGGAGGACGUGCAGGAGGGCCUGACCGACGACGACUACGACAUGUACUACGAGAUCUGGCAGCAGUUCGAUCCGGACGGCACGCAGUACAUCCGCUACGACCAGCUGUCCGACUUCCUCGACGUGCUGGAGCCGCCGCUGCAGAUCCACAAGCCCAACAAGUACAAAAUCGUGUCGAUGGACAUCCCUAUUUGCAAGGGCGACCUCAUGUUCUGCGUGGACAUUCUGGACGCGCUGACCAAGGACUUCUUCGCCCGCAAGGGCAGCCCCAUCGAGGAGACGGCCGAGCUGGGCGAGGUGAACACGCGGCCCGGCGAGGCCGGCUACGAGCCGGUGUCGUCGACGCUGUGGCGGCAGCGCGAGGAGUACUGCGCGCGGCUGAUCCAGAACGCGUGGCGCAAGCACAAAAACGCGCGCAACAAGGCGCAGUCGCAGAGCGAGAACGAGGCCGGCGACGCGUCCGACUCGAAUGCGCCCGACGAGGCUGGCGGCGCCGACGGCGGCCGCGGCGGUACCACCGCGCAGACCUCUGUAGUCGUCGAGAGCGACGGCUUCUCCACCAAGAACGGACACCGCGUCGUGCUGCAGCACUCACGCUCGCCGAGCGUGACGUCGCGCUCGACCGAUGUCUGAGACAGGCCACCCCGUGCGCUGGACACCACGCCCGAGUAACAACACUCGCCGGGCGGACGACGGUGUCGAGCCAAACAACGCUGCUGAAUGACUGGCGUGAGUUCGGGCUCUCGCACAAUCACACACACGCCGCGAGGCUGACCCGCAAGUUGCUGCUGCUGCAGCAGCCGACGGUCGCCUCCGUAGCCAACUGGCGAGAGAGGACGAACACUCGUUACGAUCCCGUUUUCUUGAUCGGUUGUUAAACACACACAAGUAUUGUUGGAAAAAAAAUAUUGUAUUGAGCCCUCCUGUUUUUACGUUCAUUUCUCGGAAGCAAGAACAAAAGGAAAAAAAUUAAUAACGAACACAACACGACACACACACUCGAAAAAUAUAACAACUCACUCACACACACGCUCGCUUUUGAUCUCCGCUGCCUGUUUACGAUUAUAAAAUACCUAUACACUCACACUCUCACGAAAAUCACACACAAAACACACUCGCUGCAAAAAUUGUGAUGACUAGAGAUUUGCUCCUCCUCCUGCUCCCGAUUUUCGAUUUUCUCUCUGCUCCCCAUUCGACCGCUCGGAAGGAGAUGUAAAAUGUAAUGAUUAUGCAAGAAGGCAGGAGAGAGAGAGAGAGCGAGAGAAAAGGAGAGCGAUAAGUAUAGCGCGCAUGUAAAAGAAAACGUGGACGUGUUGCGAAACACACACUCACACGACGCUGCAGCUGCUGCUAAAAGGAAAUUUUGUGUUCUACUCUUGUUCACUCUCAACACUCACCCCCCAACUUGCGCCACCUUUGAUUUUCCAACCAGUUUACAAUCUUCUCAGCGUUUCGGCUUUGAUUGAGAAAUUUUUCAACUAAGGCGUACGGGAGUUUGAUUCGUUUUACAAUAAAUGCCAUUUAUUGAAUAGACACUUUGUACAACAUUCGCUGCUUCCAGAGGUGCAGACAGACCAAUUGAUAAAUUCUCGCAAAAAUCACUCACGUAGCUCGUACAACUACACCACCGUCAAGAGAAGAGAAAAAGUUGUUGACCACGCACUGUUCGUCACAAAUCUAAAUCGAUUCACAACAACAGUGGUGUGCGACGUGAAAUUUUCGCGGUGAGCGCACGGGAGACGCCGCGCGCGCCCAAAGAACCGAACGGACACGCACGCGUACGCGUCUCUCGUCGUCCGCGCUCGUCAAUCAGGACGCACUGGUUCUUGCAUUCAGUGAAAAGUGGUGCGAUGGAAAGUGGUGCAUGAAAAGUGUGCUUAGCGCGAGCUAUAAAAUUUGCUACUUUUUAAAUAAAUUAACACAAAAAAUGGAACUCCAGCUUGCAACAACAGAAUAUAAAAGCUGAGGGGGCGCGAGCGAGCGUCCGCGCCGCGCGCCCGCAGGCAGAUUCUUCCCCGGACACGCCUGCCCGCCGCCGGACGGCGCGCCUGCCCCCUCAGCACACAAAAAUAAUUGCAUAAAAUACUAAAUAGACUAACGAUAAGACUCUUGAGUGCGCGCGUGUUUGUGUGCAUGGAGUUCCGAUCGCCUUAUUUUUAUAUUACGUUCCACUAUGGUACUUUAUAAUAACGUACGUGGAAAAUACACCCGACAGCAUUGAUUGCGUUGUUUCGUAUUUUCAAAUUAUUGAGCGAGUCUUUGAUCCGGUUUCAUAAAAAGCAAACGCAUUAUAUGGCGGCAAUGUACGACACAACAACAACAACAACCAAAAAAAUGAACACGCAAAAGUAAUUAAUUUGACUACACACAAUAAAUAAUUAAACAAGACUCACAAAAAGUAAAACACAACAAGUUCUAUAUUUGAACUGAAUGAAUAUGCGACGAUGAACUUUUUGCAGUAGGAUAUGUUGUUGUUUUUGCAUGCUCUUUUUCACUUGUUAUUUUUCUAAAUAAAUUGCAACAAUUGAUUUUACAAGAAAAGCAUAAAAAUAAUUGCAGUGUGAAGGAAAAGAAAAACGGCAAAAAGAACUUAAAGAACUGUAACAGUGUGAAAAACGAAUAUGAUGACGCAAGAAACAUACACAAACACACUCAGAAACACACACACGACAUCAAACCUUUAUGUGAGAAAAAAUACGCAACAAAAUUUUUAACAAGCGAUUAAUGAAGUAAAACCUAUUAUGUGCUUGGCUGAAGUUUCAAGAAAGAAAUAACAAAUCAAACCCAUUGAUGAUGUAUGGAAAAACUCGCACUGUUCUUUUGCUAUAAUGUACGGCUACGAAUUUGUUUUCUUGGCCAGUGUAGAAAUUCGGGAUUUCCAUAGCAGAAAGAGAAAGAGAGAUUACGAGAAUUUGUUAAGAUAAAAAAAGAGAGAAAAGAAUUUAAAAGUAACAGCUACACUCACACAAUGAACGCGUUUUCAGCUGAAAAGCUGCUGGACUCUUUGCCAAAAUUAUCACUUCCCCAAUUUUGACAAAGAACUUACGUGCUGCAAAUAAAGAGUUUUAAAAAAAGAGAAAUACAAACAUUAAUUAAUGCUUGCUAUGGAUUUCGCACGAAUUAUAGCGCGUAAAUCAAAGCAUCAAAUUAUGACUCCUUAUAUAAUGCUGCUUGGAGAGUAUGCAUUUUGUUGAUUUGUCUUUAGAGAAAAAAGCAAGCGAUAAUGUAAUUCGCGGAAGGCGGCGAUUCCACGCUCCUCUGUUCACAUACGAACGCUCCUAUUGGAAUUCAACGAAUCGAAAACGUGGAAAGCUGUGAGCGCGUGAGAGGCGACCGCAACGGACCGGUCCGUUCAAGAGCCCUCGGCGCAGUUCCCCACUGCCGAUGGCCACCGGCUCCCUCUUCCCCACGGUCCUCUCGAGCGCGGUCACUACUUCGAUCCAAUGAUUUGUCAAUCCCAAUUCUCAAUUUGUAAGGAGGAAUUUCUGCUACAGUGAAUUUGUCAUCGUGCUGAUGGAAAAUAAAAAAUUUAUCAGAGAGAGAUUUGUGUGUUUGUGUAGAAUUCGAACAAAUCAAUCAGACCAAUCCAGCGCAGUAUAUGAAUGUCACAAACUCUCCUUUACCUAGAUAUAAUAGGAUACGAUACUAUGCUUUAUAUCAGUCUAGAGGAAGAAAAUCCGCUUCAAAAAUUUGUAAUCGGGUGUCAAUUUGUGGUAGUGAUGACUCCUUAUUGAGUUCCGCUCCUUUCGACGAGACACAGAUAAUUAUAAUAUUAUCCACGCCGCGGCAUCAAAAUUUGAUGGAUUACAUGAAAAAUGCAUUCGGUGGACACACACACACUCACUCACACACACACAUUUGACCCAUAUACACACACAUUUCUACCGCCUUCCGCACGCGGUCCGUUGCAGCUCUCCUGUGUGAUUGCAAAAGGAACACAAAACACAAGCAGCUCUCUGCUCUAUCAAGAAUUUCGUUCCAGAAAUUGCGAAGGGCUGACAAAAAUUAAAGGGUUAUAUUUAAUUCAAAUAACUGAGCUUUAAACAAUAUAUGCACUGUUUCUGAUUUUAGCCUUGGCAUUAAAAAUAAAAAGGGGGCUAAGAUUUUCAUGAAUUAGAUCUAAAGAAUUAUCUAACGUUAAGUUAUCAGAAUGGAGGUUUAAAUAAAAGUAUAAAAUUAUGAAAUGUUGCUUUAAAAA